CUUCCAUCGAUCCUAUUCCUUUGACGGAUCAACAUGGCACUCGUCUGGCUCCUCGUCUGCUUGGCCUUCUUUAGCGCUGCCAAUGGCUGCGGUGUCCCGGCCAUCGAACCCGUCCUUAGCGGCUAUGCAAGGAUUGUCAAUGGAGAAGAAGCGGUGCCCGGAUCGUGGCCCUGGCAAGUCUCCUUGCAGGACAGCACCGGUUUCCAUUUCUGCGGCGGUUCUCUGAUCAACGAAAACUGGGUGGUGACCGCUGCCCAUUGCAGCGUCAGGACAAGCCAUCUCGUGGUGCUGGGUGAAUUUGACCAACGCAAUUCCGGCGAAGACGUUCAGGUCCUCAAGAUUGAAAAGGUUUUCAAGAAUCCGAAAUUCAACCUCUUCACCAUCCGGAAUGACAUCACCCUGCUGAAGCUGGCCUCCCCGGCCCGGCUGUCGGCCCGCAUUUCCCCCGUCUGCCUUCCCCAGGCUGGUGAUGACUUCCCCGGCGGCAUGACCUGCGUCACCACCGGAUGGGGGCUGACCAAGCACACCAAUAAGGAUACUCCAGACAAGCUGCAGCAAGCAAGUCUUCCCUUGUUGACCAAUGAGGAGUGCAAGAAAUACUGGGGCAACCGCAUCGCCGACGUGAUGGUCUGCGCUGGGGCUGCAGGAGCCUCAUCCUGCAUGGGUGACUCGGGAGGCCCGCUGGUGUGUCAGAAGGACGGAGCCUGGACACUGGUGGGCAUCGUCUCCUGGGGCAGCUCCACUUGCUCCCCGUCCAGCCCAGGGGUCUAUGCCCGCGUCACGGAGCUCCUCCCCUUCAUCGAGGAGACCCUGGCCCAGAACUAAGCCGGAUUUUGACUACCGAACAAUAAAGCCAGCAUCGUCUCA